UCCACCAGCUGGUGUGAUAGCCCCUCUGUUGUGUGUGUGUGUGUGUGUGUGUAGACUGUCAGAGGAGGACUUCAGUUUAUCAGUUUCAGGAACAUUUCCCUCAUUUUUCAUGGCAUGUAGAUAUCAGAAGACAUAAAGACACGAUGCAGAUCCUCACUCCUCACGUUUACUGGGCUCAGCGGCACGGAGAGAUUUAUCUCCGGGUGGAUCUGAGCGACGCGAAGAAUCUCGACAUCAGCUUGCAAGAAAACAACACACUUCAGUUCAGAGCACAGGGCCAUGGAGCUAAAGGAGAUAAUGAAUACGAGUUCAGUUUGGAGUUCUUGGAACCUGUUAGACCUGAGAUCAACCAUAAGUCCACCCAGCGUCAGGUGGUCAUCAAGAUCAAGAAGCAGGAGGAGCGCUGGUGGGACCGGCUGACACUGCAGGGGAAGAAGCCUCUGUUUCUGGCUCCCGACUUCGACCGCUGGCUGGACGAGUCCGACGCAGAGAUGGAGCUUCAAGCUAAGGAGGAGAAGAUAAACAAGAUAAGUGUGGAGUCGAGAGUUCGUAAAGACCCCUACCUGGGGCUGAAGAAAGGAUACUUGUUUAUGUACAACCUGGUGCAGUUCUUGGGAUUUUCCUGGAUCUUUGUCAACAUGACGGUUCGACUCUUCAUUCUCGGUCAAGAUUCGUUCUACGAUACCUUCCACACCACUGCUGAUAUGAUGUAUUUCUGUCAGAUGAUGGCCGUGCUCGAGGUCAUUAAUCCCUUGUUGGGUCUGGUUAAGACUGGGUUUUUUCCUGCUAUGAUACAGGUGGCAGGGAGGAACGUCAUUCUGUUCGUAAUCUUCGGCAGUCUGGAAGACAUGCAGAACAAACCUGUUGUGUUCUUCGUGUUCUACCUGUGGAGUACCAUCGAGAUCUUCAGGUACCCGUUCUACAUGCUGGCCUGCAUCAGCACUGAGUGGAAGCUGUUAACGUGGCUGAGGUACAGCCUCUGGAUCCCUCUGUACCCGCUGGGAGUUGUGGCUGAAGCUGUGGCUGUGAUCCAGUCCCUGCCCAUCUUUGAUGAGACGCGUCUGUUCAGCUUCCCCCUCCCUGCGCUCCUGGGACACUCUUUUAGCUUCUCCUACACUCUGCAGCUCUACCUGGUCCUCAUGUUCCUGGGACUCUUCAUCAAUUUCCGCCACCUGUACAAGCAGAGGAGGAGACGAUACCGCUCGAGGAAAAGGAAAGUCCAGUAAAGUCCUCUUAAAGAUACAGCUGCUGUUUCUUUUUAUCUCUAAUUGCCUUUCCUCAUCUUCCUACACACACACUGACCUGACGUUGGAGUACUGGUCACCUUAUUCCUCCACUGGGUGAACUGUGUAACCUUCUCCAGUCCAAAUCCUGUAAAUCCUACUGUACCAGCUCGAAGACGGGGCUCACCGCUUUACUAUUACCACGUUUAUUCUCUUAUCAAUGUUCAUAUUUAUCAACUUUUCUGUCCGUGUCUACAGUCACCGUCCAAGGGGGGGGGGGGGG